AUGACUACUCAUCACUGGAGAACAAUUCUAGCGACAGUGGUCCAAGUUUGGGCCCUGCUGGCUCUGGGUGAGACCGCGUCUUCCCAGAUUCCAUUGACAUCAACGCCACCAGCAGUCUCGGAGCCAUCAGGCGUAUCAGGACCUGAUUACACCGGACCAUCAGCUGGCUCAGAUGAGUGCGAUUCUGAGAUGGUUGGCUUCGAGCUUGUCACCGGAUACGUUUAUACUGCGCCCACCAACAUGCUAGAAUCGAUACCCGGUAUACUUAUGCUCACUGAUUGCUUGGAAACCUGUCAGGCGAACGACUCCUGCCAGGCGGUCAAUUAUGAAACCGGACUCUGUGUGCUAUUUAGUUCUAAUGCUGACAACAAUCCAGGUAAGGAAUGA